AUGGCGGUGGAUGCCGCGCGUCGUUACGCAGCAGGGCAGCACGAGGCGGGCGACAGCCACGCCGCCGAGGCGGUGUUGUGGUUUGAUGAUACCGUGGUCGAGCGGCGGGCGCUGGAGGAACACGUCCGCAGCCCCGCGUACAAGGAACUGCACCGUCCAGCCCUCACCAACGCGGCCAUGGGGCUCUACGGCGGCGAGCCUGGCUUUGAGAAGGCGCAUCGUGUGUGGGUCGACCCGGACCGACCUCACAUGAAGCACCUCUACAACAAGACGGCCCUUGCGAAGAACCUCCGCUACGCCCGCUAUGGUUACUUCAAGCGUGACAUGCACAUUCUGGACAUCGACAAACUCAUCCGACACGCCCGGAUGCUCCCAAUACCGGGGCGUCUGCUGACUGAUUUUUUGUACCAACGGGUGCCACUGCCGGAUAAAAGCUGCGCUGCGCUUAUCCGCUUCCAGUGUCAGCAGAUUGAAAUGCUGGAGGAGUGGCAGCGACAUACCAGCUUCCAGUGUGCCGCGGAGAUGUUUGAGCGCCUGGUUGUGACAAAUAUCCCUCCCGUAGAGGUGGGCGUUGAGACACACGCCGAGAUGGUACUGUGUGCCGCGGCAAGCGGCAAGUGGGAGGAAGGGUGGGACAUCUACGUAGCCCGGGCGCGUGAGAUGGAAGUAGACUCCCCCGACUCCUUUGUCCUUAACACGUACUUUUUUGAUGCCGUAUUGACACUAUGUGUGGCGGCAGCCCGCGUGGAGGAGGGGAUGUCUAUCAUGGAGGAAGUCAUCACGCGGAACCUACGUCCGCGUGCCACGAUACUCGACAAGGCCAUGCUAUUGUGUGCUAUGGGGGCUGAGAGGAUCGCGAAGGGGAUGGGGACGGACGACGGCGUGGAACAGCAGAAGAAGUUAGAGCAAUGCGGCCUUGAGCUGUGGGCGCUCUACGAUUUUUACCAACUCCCACGAACCACCGUGUCUAUUGAAGCCUACAUGCGUAUGUGUUGUGCCUUUUUCCAACCGACCCUCGUGCUAAAGGCGCAGAGCUUUGCCGAUGCGGCUGGCAUUCGUCUCUCCUUGGAGUGUUUUCAUUGGUUGGUGUAUGCCCUCCGCGAGGUUGCGGACUUCGGGGAUUACGUCAUGGAUGUGUUUUCACAGCUCACUCCGCGGGGUCUGACACCGGAUUUUGUUCUUUUUACUAUGGCCUUUAUGCACUGCGCGCUGCAGCGGGACGGUGAGCUGGCGCUUGCCAUUUACGACCAGCAUUUUAUUCACGCAAACAUCAAUCCCACCCCAGAGAUGGUGCUUUUGUUUAUUCAGUCAUGCGCCCACUGCGAGAAGCCUCGUGUAGCCAUGCUGGAGCGGUGUGAGGCGUUGCUGCGUCGUCUCGAAGAGGUGGGAAGCAGCGUCGACUACAUCACGCCGAUGUAUGAUCAGUUUCUCGAGCUGUGCGGCCAGCUGGGGGCUGUGGCCUCGGGCUUUAGUGUGCUAAAGAAGCUUGUGAGUCUAGGCAAACCUCUCACCACACGUAUGCUUAACUCGCUCUUGCUGGCUAACGCGUACGCCACCCCGCCAAAUGGGUCACUUGCCAUGACGGAGGAAAUUGCUCAACUCUUUACGCUUCUCAAGGUGCCGCCAAACAAAGACACCCACAUUUGUCUCGGAUACUGCACCAAAGCCUUUGGGGCGUCGUCGUCCCUGGAUGCCUUUAGCGCCACCGUGGACGCCAAAAUUGAGAUGCUUGAUGAUACGCUUGCGUACGAUGCGGACAUUCCCGUGUUGCAAGUCCCACCAAACGAGCUUCGCCAACUGCGUACAGAAUGGAAGCUUCGACCUCGUGACAUCAUGCUGCGCCGCUUUGGACAGUACACGAAGUUCAGGGGGAAAGACGCCUUGGAUGUGGGAAGUAUGCACGGCAGUGUCAUCCCGUUUGGCCGUACACCCGGGGAGCAGAACGUCUAA